AUGGCUUAUCAACAUUUAGUUAAACAAUUGACUGUUGAAGGCAAAGACUACAAGUAUUUUGAUUUAAAUGAUCUUAAAGAUAAAAGAUAUGAUAAACUUCCUAUUUCAAUUAGAUAUCUUUUAGAAUCUGCUGUAAGAUAUUGUGAUGGUUUUCAUAUUCUUGAAAAAGAUGUUCAAAAUAUUCUUGAUUGGGAAAAAACACAAUUCAAUCAAACAGAAAUUUCAUUUAAACCUGCUCGUGUUCUUUUACAAGAUUUUACUGGUGUUCCAGCUGUUGUAGAUUUAGCUGCUAUGAGGGAUGCUGUUCAAAAUAUGGGUGGUGAUCCAUUAAAAAUAAAUCCUAUCUGUCCAGUUGAUUUGGUUAUUGAUCAUUCUGUUCAAGUUGACUAUUAUGGAGAUCUUGCUGCUUUAGCUAAAAAUCAAGAUAUUGAAUUUGAAAGAAAUAAAGAAAGAUUUAAUUUUCUUAAAUGGGGAUCAAAAGCAUUUAAGAAUCUUUCUAUUGUUCCACCAGGUUCUGGUAUUGUUCAUCAAGUUAACUUGGAACAUAUUGCUCGUGUAGUUUUUUGUGAUGAAAACAAAAAUCUUUAUGUUGAUUCAAAUAUUGGAACUGACAGUCAUACAACACAAAAUUCAGGUCUUGGUAUUCUUGCUUGGGGUGUUGGUGGUAUUGAAGCUGAAUCUGUCAAAUUGGGACAAGCUAUUUCUAUGAUUUUACCAGAAGUUAUUGGAUAUAAACUUACAGGUAAACUUCCACAAGGAACUACAGCUACUGAUCUUGUACUUACAAUCACUCAAAAUUUAAGAAAUCUUGGUGUUGUAGGAAAAUUUGUUGAAUUUUUCGGUGAUGGUGUAGGUAAUUUAAGUAUUGCUGACCGUGCUACAAUCUCUAAUAUGUGUCCUGAGUAUGGAGCUACUAUAGGAUUAUUCCCAGUUGAUAAUAGAACAAUUAAAUAUCUUCUUGAUACUGGUAGAGAUGAACAUUCUGUUAAACGUGCUGAAGAAUAUCUUAAAGCAAAUAAAUUUUUCGUUGAUUACAAUGAUCCAACAUUUUGUCCUAAUUAUACAAAAGUUUUAGAACUUGAUCUUAAUACAGUUGUUCCAUGUGUUUCUGGACCAAAACGUCCACAUGAUAGAGUAGAACUUAGUAAACUUCAUUCAGAUUUUGUAAGUGGAUUAACAGCCAAAGUUUCAUUUAAAGGUUAUGGUUUAACUCAAGAAAAUGCUUCUAAAAACGUUAAGAUAACUCUUAAUGGAGAGGAAUGUCAAUUAAAACAUGGAUCUGUUGUUAUAUCAGCAAUAACUUCAUGUACCAAUACUAGUAAUCCAUCAGUUAUGAUUGGUGCUGGUCUUGUAGCCAGAAAAGCUAAUGCUCUUGGUUUAAAAGUUCCACCAUAUGUUAAAACAUCUCUUUCACCAGGAUCUGGUGUUGUAACAAAAUAUCUUGAACAAUCUGGACUUCUUCCUGAUCUCCAAGCUCUUGGUUAUCAUAUUGCUGGUUAUGGAUGUAUGACAUGUAUUGGAAAUUCAGGACCACUUGGUGAUGAAGUAACAAAGGCCAUUGAGGAGAAUGAUCUUGUUGUUGCUGGUGUUUUAUCUGGAAACAGAAAUUUUGAAGGACGUGUUCAUGCUAAUGUUAGAGCUAAUUAUCUUGCAUCACCAAUGCUUGUUGUUAUUUAUGGAUUAGCUGGUAGAGUUGACAUUAAUCUUGAAACUGAACCACUUGGUUAUGGUACAAAUGGUCCAGUUUACUUUAAAGAUAUCUGGCCAUCAAAUGAAGAAAUUAAUGAAUUUGAACAAAAAUAUAUUAUUCCACAAUUCUUUAAAGAAAUUUAUGAAAACAUUCAAAAAGGAGGUGAAAAUUGGCAAAAAUUAGAAUGUUCAGAUGCCAAAUUAUAUCCAUGGGAUUCAUCAUCAACAUACAUAAAAAAAGUACCAUUUUUUGAUGGUAUGACAUUAACACCAGAAAAACGUGAACCAAUAAAUAAUGCUUAUGCAUUAUUAAGUCUUGGAGAUUCUGUUACAACAGAUCACAUCUCACCAGCUGGAUCAAUCGCUAGAACAUCUCCAGCAGCAAAAUAUCUUAUUGAAAAAGGUGUUCAACCAAGAGAUUUUAAUACAUAUGGUGCUAGAAGAGGUAAUGAUGAAGUUAUGGUACGUGGUACUUUUGCCAAUAUUAGACUUGUUAAUAAACUUGCUCCAAAAACUGGUCCAUUAACUACACAUAUCAAGAGUGGUGAAGUAUUGUCAGUCUUUGAUGCUGCAGAAAGAUAUCGUAAAGAUGGAGAUAUGGUUAUUGUUCUUGCUGGUAAAGAUUAUGGCUGUGGAAGUUCAAGAGAUUGGGCUGCCAAAGGUCCAUUAUUACUUGGAGUUAGAGCUGUUAUUGCUGAAUCAUUUGAAAGAAUUCAUCGUUCCAAUCUUGUUGGUAUGGGAAUUCUUCCACUUCAAUAUAAGAAUGGUGAUUCAACUGAAUCUUUAGGUUUAACUGGUUAUGAACAAUUUACAAUCGAUGUUGAAAAUCUUUCACCAGGACAAGAUGUUACUGUAAAAACAUCAAAAGGAACAACUUUUGUUGUAAAAUGUAGAAUUGAUACAGAAGUAGAAUUAACAUAUUACAAGAAUGGAGGAAUUUUGAAUUAUAUGGUUCGUAAACUUGCUUCAUCAUAA